GAGCUAAUAAAACUAAAAAAAAAUAAACUAAAUAAAAACUAAUUAAAAAAUAUAAAUAUAUAUUGGAUUAUACUCGUAUUUCAGGAGGUUCUGUUUAUCCAUUCAUCAUAAACUAUUCUGACUGUUGCGUUCAAGGACGGAAAAAAAAAAACAAAACCAAAAAACAAGAUGCUGUUCGUCCUGUCCAUCUGAAUAAGUGAGGUGUGACAGGGGUGGAGUGGAGAAGAUCCGGCAGGAGCCCGAACAUUGUCUGUAACGUUUCCACCGGACAGAGGCUGAAGGAUGGCGGGAUGCUGCGUGUCUGCGGAGGACCGGGAGAACCAGAGGAUCAACGAGGAGAUCGAGAAACAGCUGAGGAGGGACAAGAAGGACUCACGACGGGAGCUGAAACUGCUGCUGCUAGGUACUGGAGAGAGUGGAAAGAGUACCUUCAUCAAACAAAUGCGGAUCAUCCACGGAGGAGGAUACUCAGAGGAGGACAAGAAGAGCUACGCUAAACUGGUCUAUCAGAACAUUUACACGUCUAUGCAGACCAUGAUCCGAGCCAUGGAGGCCCUGGGUAUAGCCUUCGCUGAUCCCAAGAACCAGAGCAAUGCCCCUUCAAUCCUGGAGGUGGAAGUGGAUAAAGUGGAGGAGUUUGACAAAGGUCUGGCAGUGGCUAUAAAGGGUCUGUGGGAAGAUGCAGGAAUACAGGAGUGCUACGACCGGCGCAGAGAGUACCAGCUGUCCGACUCCACCAAAUACUAUCUCUCCGAACUGGAUCGAAUUUCACAGCCCACUUACCUACCCGACCUCCAGGACAUCCUCAGAGUCCGGGUGCCGACCACAGGUAUCAUCGAGUACCCCUUCGACAUGGAGAACGUCAUCUUCAGGAUGGUGGACGUUGGGGGUCAGAGGUCAGAGCGGAGGAAGUGGAUCCACUGCUUUGAGAACGUCACCUCCAUCAUCUUCCUGGUGGCGCUGAGUGAGUACGACCAGGUCCUGGCCGAGUGUGACAACGAGAACCGAAUGGAGGAGAGCAAGGCUUUGUUCAAAACCAUCAUCAACUACCCCUGGUUCCAGCGCUCUUCUGUUAUACUUUUCCUCAACAAGACGGACAUCCUUAACGAGAAGAUCAUGUACUCACAUAUAUCCACCUAUUUCCCAGAAUUCACAGGACCCCAGCAGGAUGCCAAAGCAGGACAAGAAUUCAUCCUCAAAAUGUACCAGGAACAAAACCCAGACAAGGACAAGACGGUGUACCAUCACUUCACCUGCGCCACAGACACAGAAAACAUCCGCUUUGUCUUUGUGGCCGUAAAAGACACCAUCCUCAGACACAACCUGAAGGAGUUCAAUCUGGUGUAAAAAAAAAAAAAAGAAGAAGAAAAAGAAGCGAGGACAGGAGACAAAAGACAAACAGGACCGUCCAAUCAUUUUUAUGGCUGUGAAGCAAAGAAAAUCAUCAAUGUGGCAGGUCCUUUCUGCUUAAACAACCAUGGAGAAGAUAGGGUUUAUUUAUUUUCCAGAGAGAAUAUGAACAUGUUGCUGUGUGUGAAAUGUAGACUAGUUUUCAUUAGAGACAGGAAACGUGAAUAUUUUCUUGUAAAAUUGUGAAUGCGAUUAUGUAGAUUUACGGUGUGAGCUUAGUUUUCAUCUUUGUGGAUAUUUUACCUGUAUUUAGCUCCAGCUGAUGUUAUUUUAGUCCUGUUUGUCUUUAUUUGAUCAUAUGUAGAGAAUCUUUUCUUGUGCCUCAAAGUGCCUUCUUUACUCAGGACACACAGCACAGCUCCUCGGGUUUAUCUUCCAUGUAAAUAAUUGUUUGCUUUGGAAACCCAUACUCACUGUAUCUUCUUAGGAGAAAUUAAAGUUAUAUUUAUAUUCAUUUUCAAUAAACACCUAUAAUAAUAUAAUCAUUUGUCUGAGAUUUACUGAGCAAAAAAAAACAAAAAAAACAAAAAAAAAAGACAACAUGCUUAAAUUUAUAACAUGUUAAUUUUAUUUAUUGGAAAAAUCACACACAAAAAAAAGCCACUGCAGUGAAUAUUUUGAUCCCUGAAAAACAUAAAUGACAUUAAUAACAACAGAAAUAUUAAGUCGUAUUAAACUGCAAUGCACCCCAAGCCAAAGCAAACCCUUCAAAUGUAAGUAAACAGCGGCUGAAAAUAACGAGCGUCAUCGUCUUUAAAUACUUUGCACUGAUAGAUCGUUAACAUCGGCAUUGCAUACUUGUGGUAUAAAAAAAAACAUAAAAAUCACAAAAUUACCAUCUGCAACGCUGUUAUACAGACUACCGUGUGAGGUGAUGAUAAAUACAAAAAAUCAAUCAUAAUAUUCUAUCAAUAUACAGCUGACUGAUACAUGUCAUUACAGUAUAAAAAUAGCAUGCGUCUUUAAAUCACUCACUGAUCAGUCUACAUCUUGCUUAAAUGUAUAAAAAAAAGAAGGAAUAGAGAGAAGUAUUAAGAAAACGCAGGAUUUAAGGAUGCAUAUUUUGAAUAACGUCUGUUAGAAAGCCAUACUCAAACUUUUAAUUAGUUCCCUUUUAUAUAAUCCAAUAAAAUUACAAUAUAUAACAUUAAACGUGUCAACAUGAUGCUACAACAGUUAUGGCUGAUUUGGCUUUAAUGUCAUUCAAGCUCUUUUCUAUUUGUUCUCUCUAGCAGCGAUUCACCGUGAUG